UUAAGUAGAGAAAACGACUCCUGAAAUAUUCGAUUCGAUAAAAAUGUUAAAAAAAAAAUAGUGCAAUAUGAGUGGUUUCUAUGACUUUGCGCCCAAUCGGGAUUUAAUCGACAGAAAUGACGACAUACCUAGUUCCAGAAAUAUACCAAGAUCACUUAAAAUGUGGCGAUCGACCUCUUUGAUUAAUCUUGUUAGCAAUACAAAUAAAAAUCGAGGCCAAGUGUAUGAAUCAGCACCAUUUCACAACACCAGCACCAGUAAAUACGCAAGCACAGAGAGCUUGACUACAUUGUCUAGUUAUAAGACUAAAAAGUCACUUUGGUUACUCAAAGAUCUGGAAAAUUUUUGGGAUAGUUGGGACACAAUCGUGUCUAUAAUAUUAGUUGCUGCAAAGGAUCUUCCGAGACCACCCGACGAUGGAACUGCGCAUGAACUCUAUUGUAAAUUUAGAUUGGGGUCAGAGACAUUCCGAUCGAAGUCCGUACUCCACACCCGCCGGCCUGAAUGGCGCGAACGAUUCAAACUACACCUACACAAGGAUCAUUCACUCAAGCUUACGUUAUGGGAUAGAGGACGACAGAAGAUAUUUAUGGGCAGUUGUUUAUUAGAUUUGUCCAAGUUAGAAAAAGAACGCACUCACGAUAUUUGGCAAGAAUUGGACGAUGGCUACGGUUCCGUACAUUUAUCAGUGACAAUGUGCGUGGUGCGCUAUUUGCCCAGCGCACCAAAAACUAUUAAGACUGACUUUCAACGUGAGCAAUCUCAUAUAGAUUGGAACACGGAUUGGAGGCUGGUGGGAUGUUUGAAGGUCAAGGUUAUCAGAGCUAAGGGUCUGAGCGGGAAGCCCAGCGCAUACUGCACCCUGGAGCUCGAUAAUGAACGACUGCAGACCUACACUGCCAACUCCGGAGCAGAACCAGUCUGGGAUAAGAGUUAUGUAUUCAACGUAUACGACGUGACUUCGGUUUUAAUAUUAAAGGUACACAGUAGUUCAUUGACGAAUGCUUUCCUAACUGAACUCUUGGGCCAGGUGUCGAUUCCGUUACUCAAGAUUACAAACGGAAAGACUCGUUGGUACACAUUAAAAAGUAGAAAUAAUCGCAACGUAGCUAAAGGAAACAAUCCAAGAAUUUUAUUAAGAAUGACUGUUACAUGGAAUCCCAUCAAAGCAACACUAAGACUAUUCCAGCCUAAAGAAGUGAAAUAUAUAGAAGAUCCACCAAAAUGGGAUAUAUCACUUCUGAUGAGAAAUCUCCCUAUUUUUGUGGAUCAUUUUAAUAAUAUUUUAUACCUUAAUGAAACAUUCAAGAGAUUAUUUGAAUGGAAUAAUAGAGAGAUGUCGGCGAUUGCGUUAUUUUUGUGGUUAAUGCUAUGCUAUCAUCUCACACCACCAAUGGUUCCGCUUAUAUUGUUGUUAAUUUUUAUAUUCUUAAGAAUUUAUACGUGGAUACAAGGAACUAAUUAUUUUAUUGAUUCCGGAGCCGAGAUUGAAUAUGAGACGAAUCUAAAUAACAAUCCAAAAGAUAAUAAAAGCCUAACUUAUAAAAUAAAUGACAUGCAAGAAAUGAUUAUAACUAUAUCAAAUGUACUGGCUCUUAUUGUGUCGUUAUUGGAAAGAAUAAAAAACUUAUUUACAUUUCAAGUACCGUUCUUAACUUACGUUGUGAUGUCUAUACUGGCUUUACUCUCUCUGAUGCUGUAUUUUGUACCAUUCAAUUAUUUACUUAUGUUAUUUGGUAUUUAUAAAUUCAUGAGGAAAUACUUAAACCCAGAUAGAAUAUUAAACAACGAUUUUAUAGAUUUCAUCUCAAGGAUACCCGAUGACAGAAUAUUGAAAGACUGGAAGGAGUUAAACGUCCCUGAACCCGUGGUUUGAGAGGGAACGGCAAGAUUUGGCGAUACUGACAAUGUUUUCUAAUUU